UCUUUGACUGUCACGUUUGCUAGUAUUGAACAUCGACAUAUUCGUCAAAUUUCGCUGAAAAAAGCUAUUUUCUUCAUAAAUGUUACCUAACUUAUGAUAAUUAAAUGCUGUAGUGACAAUGUCUGAUUCAGAAGGAAGUAAUUUUUCGGGAAGUGGUUCAGAUGCAGGCAGUGUAGUGUCGAAUAGGUCACGAAGAAGUGCUGCUUCAAAUCGGUCGGCUAAGUCGGGCUCUCGUUCGCGAUCCCGUUCGCAGUCUGGUAGCCGAAGUCCCUCAAAAUCACCUUCGAGGUCACGUUCAAGAUCGCGAUCACGGUCACGCUCUCGUUCCAGGAGCCGUUCAGCUGGAUCUGAUGGCAGUAAUAACAGAGACGAUGAAGCUAAAGAGGCAUCUGGUGAUGAAGAAGUUGAGGAUGAACAAGAACCUGAAGGAGAUGAUCUAGUAGACUCGGAAGAAUAUGAUGAGGAUGAAGAAGAAGAAAGACGCAGAAAGAAAAGGAAAAAGGAUAGUCGCUAUGGAGGUUUUAUUAUUGACGAAGCUGAGGUUGAUGAUGAAGUUGAUGAAGAUGAUGAGUGGGAAGAAGGAGCGCAAGAAAUGGGCAUUGUUGGUAAUGAAGUUGAUGAAAUUGGACCAACAGCUCGAGAAAUUGAAGGUCGACGCAGAGGAACAAAUUUAUGGGACUCUCAGAAAGAAGAAGAAAUUGAAGAAUAUUUAAGAAACAAAUAUGCUGAUGAGUCGGCUGCCCUUAGACAUUUUGGCGAAGGAGGAGAAGAAAUGUCAGAUGAGAUCACACAGCAGACACUCCUGCCAGGAAUCAAGGAUCCUAACUUAUGGAUGGUUAAAUGCAGAAUAGGCGAAGAGAAAGCAACUGUACUAUUAUUAAUGAGGAAGUUUAUAACUUACCAGAACUCUGAAGAACCUUUCCAGAUAAAAUCCGUAGUGGCACCUGAAGGUGUAAAAGGUUACAUUUAUAUAGAAGCGUACAAACAAACACAUGUAAAAGCUAUAAUAGAAAACGUCGGAAACUUGAGAAUGGGUAUCUGGAAGCAGGAAAUGGUACCGAUUAAGGAAAUGACGGAUGUUUUGCGGGUAGUCAAAGAGCAGUCGGGUUUGAAACCAAAACAGUGGGUUCGGCUAAAAAGAGGUCUCUAUAAGGAUGAUAUUGCUCAAGUAGACUAUGUUGAUUUGGCCCAAAAUCAAGUACAUUUGAAAUUGUUACCUAGAAUAGAUUACACAAGACUGAGAGGAGCUUUAAGAACUGUGCAAAGCGAGAGUGAGGCUGCUAAACGGAAGAAGAAGCGCCGGCCUGCUGCCAAACCUUUCGACCCUGAGGCUAUCCGUGCCAUUGGAGGUGAAGUUACUUCGGAUGGUGACUUCUUGAUAUUUGAAGGUAACAGAUAUUCAAGGAAAGGUUUUCUUUAUAAAAACUUUACAAUGUCUGCUAUAUUAGCAGAAGGUGUUAAGCCUACACUUACAGAAUUAGAAAGGUUUGAGGAACAACCCGAAGGAAUCGAUAUUGAGCUCGCAGCUCCCGCCAAAGACGAUCCAACAAGUUUGCAUUCGUUCUCUAUGGGUGAUAAUGUUGAAGUAUGUACUGGCGAUUUGGCCAACCUACAAGCAAGAAUCAUAGCUAUUGAUGGUUCUAUGAUAACAGUUAUGCCAAAGCACGAUGCUUUAAAAGAUCCACUCGUAUUUAAGCCUAAUGAACUGAGGAAGUAUUUCAAACAAGGAGAUCACGUAAAAGUAUUGACCGGUAGAUACGAAGGUGACACCGGUUUAAUAGUGAGAGUCGAACCGCAUAGAGUUGUCCUCGUGUCCGAUCUAACGAUGCACGAGCUCGAGGUUCUCCCGCGAGAUCUGCAGUUGUGUUCGGACAUGGCCACCGGCGUAGAUUCCCUCGGGCAGUUCCAGUGGGGAGACAUGGUUCUCCUCGACGCUCAAACCGUUGGCGUCAUCGUUCGCCUCGAGAAGGAGAACUUUCACGUCCUCGGCAUGCAGGGAAAAGUCAUCGAGUGCAAACCUCAGGCGCUUCAGAAACGUCGCGAGGUUCGCUUCACGAUAGCGCUCGACUCCGAGCAUAACUCCAUCCAGAAGAAGGACAUCGUCAAAGUGAUAGACGGCCCUCACGCAGGCCGCGAGGGCGAGAUCAAGCAUCUGUACCGGAACUUCGCCUUCCUGCAGUCGCGGAUGUACCUCGACAACGGCGGCAUCUUCGUGUGCAAGACGCGCCACCUGCAGCUGGCGGGCGGCGCCAAGAACAACGCCAACGCCAACGGGCUGGCGCUCGGCUUCAUGUCGCCGCGCAUCCAGUCGCCCAUGCACCCGUCGGCGCGGGGCGGCGGGGGGCGCGGGCGCGGGCGCGGGGGGCGCGGGCCGCUCGCGCGCGACCGCGAGCUCAUCGGGCAGACCAUCAAGAUCACGGGCGGGCCCUACAAGGGCAACGUGGGCAUCGUGCGCGACGCCAUGGGCAACACGGCGCGCGUCGAGAUGCACGCCGUCUGCCAGACCAUCUCCGUGGACCGCGGACACAUCGCCGCGGCCGGCGGGCCCACCGGCGCCCCUCGCGGAGGAGUAUCCAGCUACGGGCGCACGCCGAUGCGGGCGGGCGCGCACACGCCGACGUACCGCGAGGCGGGGCUGAAGACGCCGCUGCAGGGCGCGGCCACGCCGGUGUACGAGGCGGGCAGCCGCACGCCGCACUACGGCUCCAGCACGCCGGCGCACGACGGCGCGCGCACGCCCGCGCACCCCGCGUGGGACGCCGCCGCGCACACGCCGCGCCCCGACCUGGACCUGGCGCUGGCGCUCAACCUGCCCAACUCGCCGCCGCCCGCCUACGACUCCGCCUACUCGCAGGGCCCCUUCACGCCGCAGACGCCGGGCACGAUGUACGGCUCGGACCACACCUACAGCCCGUACCGGCCGAGCCCGAGCCCCGGCGCCUACGCGGCCGGCUACCUCGGCACGCCGAGCCCCGCCGGCUACUCGCCCAGCUCGCCCUACCCGGACGAGGACGCGGACUGGCACACGCCCGACCUCGAGGUGCGCGUGCGCGGCGGCGCGGAGGCGGCGCUGCGCGGGCAGACGGGCGCGCUGCGCGGCGUGUCGGGCGCCACGUGCGCCGUGUUCCUGCCGCACGAGGACCGCGUGCUCAACCUGCCCUCGCACCUGCUGGAGCCCGUCGUGCCGCACAGCGGGGACCGCGUCAAGGUGAUAGCGGGCGAGGACCGCGAGGCGGUGGGUCAGCUCAUCUCCAUCGAGAACCAGGAGGGGGUGGUGAAGUUUGGUACCGACGACAUCAAGAUCAUGCAGCUGCGACACCUCUGCAAGAUGGCCUCCACUUAGGCCCGCACCUAUCGAGAACGCGAGGAUAACGAAGACAUGAUAUUUAAAAUGUAUAAUCGUAAUAUAUUCAUUGUUGAACCUCGUAUUCUGGAGCUUAUGAACCAUUUUCAUUUUCAAAUACACUUUAUCCGCAUAAAAUAAAAUACUCAAGUAUGUUUAAAUUAUGUGGGUUGUAUUGCUGUUUAUAUAUUUUCACCAUAGAAUCCAACACCACCAAUUUUCCACGAUUAUUAAAAGACAAUCAAAAAUCAAUAACAAAAAUAUUAGUUAGUUCAAUCCACGAAGACGCGCCCAACUAUUUCCGAGAGUCCAGCCCGAACAUAAGUCCCAAGUGGACCACGGCUCCGUCGUGGCUCGGUUUACGCGGCUAGUUUAAUUUACGUUGCCGCUGAUCUUGAGUCAUCGGGAAAAGUUACUCUACUUAGGUUUUUAUCUUUAUAUUAUUUUUUAAACGUCCAGAAAAACGGAAAGUAUUAUCUUUAAAAGUUAAUAUGAACAAGCUUUGAAAUUUUAAUUAAUUGAUUCUAUGUAUAAAGACACAAAUAACAAUUGUGCAGAAAAAAUAACCGGUGUUUUUAUGUUCCAUAUUAGGUACAUUCUUUCCUGUUAUAAUACAAUAUUUUCAUAUUUAAUGAUGAAAAGUGCAUGCCAGUAUCCAUCAUCAUAAUAAAUUUAUCCUGUGCAGAGCGCUCUCGUAAGGUUUAAAAUAAAAUACUUAUUUAAAAAUAUAUUUUAUUAGAAAAGAAAAAUACAAAAUAUUGCACAUGCAAUAAAUAAUAGCUUCGAAUUCGGUGAUAUGUAGUAGAGCAUAUUUCAGUUUAUUAUGAAUCUCUUCGUUAUUUCACUUAGUGUGUGUGUAGACUUACGCCGUAUUGGUGCGUAGGUACGUAUGCAUAGCAAUAUAAUUCACACUAGCAGCUUACAUUACUCACUUGCACUGUAGCGAUUGGGAAAAAGAGUGGGGCGUCAUCUUGGAUUGAACCAUAUAUAAAAACCAUUGUUAUCCGCUAGCUACUCAUAAUAUUGUUACUCAAGGUUUGGACUUACAUAACAUGUGUCAUUAGUAUGAUUGACAUUUUUUAACUCAAAUUAUAGUUAUAAUUAAGCCGUAGAUCUCCUGGACUUAAACCGAUAUAUGACUGGGAUAAUACCAGGAGGGAAGUGGCUAGACAUCCUGACGUCAGGACAGGAGGUCUCUUAAUUUUUCUCUCGACUUAUAAAGAUACCAAUAAUUUAAUGUUGCCUAUAUUAAAAAUAAUCAUAAGUAUAUCAAAUAGGUAUUAAAAAUUGUUAUUACCCCAUAGAUACAUAUCGCUUUUGGUCCAAGGGUUCCGACUUAUUCAUUGGUUACAAGGCAAAUAACGAAAUACAAGAAUAAAGUUUACUAUACAUAUAUUUGAACAGACCGGUGAUGCCUUAAUAGUAUGAAGAUUCAUAUAUUGUUUUAUUUGUUUGAUUUACGCUCAUAAUUCGAUUGAAUAUCACUAUUGUUGUUUACUGAAAUAAACAAUAUGCAGCUAG